AUGCAUCGGAGUGUCCCUCUCUUGCCUGCGGGCUCGAGAGCUUCCGUGACCACGGCUGUCGCUGCCACGAGCCCAGCGAUGAUAGGUCUGCGUGAACAACAAUCCUCGCAGGGAGGUGCUGCGAAAACAAGACUACCCCGCAGGAUAGGUCUGCGUAAACAACAAUCCUCGCAGGGGGGUGCUGCGAAACCAAGACUACCCCGCAGGAUAGGGGGGUGCUGCGAAACCAAGACUACCCCGCAGGAUAGGUCUGCGUCAACAAUAAUCCUCGCAGGGAGGUGCUGCGAAACCAAGACUACCCCGCAGGAUAGGUCUGCGUCAACAAUAAUCCUCGCAGGGAGGUGCUGCGAAAACAAGACUACCUCGCAGGAUAGGUCUGCGUCAACAAUAAUCCUCGCAGGGGGGUGCUGCGAAAACAAGACUACCCCGCAGGAUAGGUCUGCGUCAACAAUAAUCCUCGCAGGGAGGUGCUGCGUCAACAAGACUACCUCGCAGGGGGGCGCUGUCCUGCGUCAACAAAGCGCCUCGCAGGGACAUCUGCGACACCAAGAGUCUCCGCAGGGACAUCUGCGACAACAAGAGUCUCCGCAGGAUGGGCUCUGCGUGAUCAAGUGUGCCUCGCAGGAUGGGCUCUGCGUGAUCAAGUGUGCCUCGCAGGAUGGGCUCUGCGUGAUCAAGUGUGCCUCGCAGGAUGGGCUCUGCGUCAACAAGUGUGCUUCGCAGGAUGGGCUCUGCGUGAUCAAGUGUGCCUCGCAGGAUGGGCUCUGCGUCAACAAGUGUGCUUCGCAGGAUGGGCUCUGCGUGAUCAAGUGUGCCUCGCAGGAUGGGCUCUGCGUGAUCAAGUGUGCCUCGCAGGAUGGGCUCUGCGUGAUCAAGUGUGCUUCGCAGGAUGGGCUCUGCGUCAACAAGUGUGCCUCGCAGGAUGGUCUCUGCGUCAACAAACGUGCUCUGCAGGGGAUUGCUGCGUUAACAAGCCCUCUAGCAAUGUGCAGGCACCUCUUCGUGGUGUUAGAGACCAGUAUUCGAUAUUCAACAGUAUUCGAAGAAGCAAAGACCUGCCCAACCUCCUCAUAG